AAUUUCCACAAAGAACCACACAAACAAGUUUGACCCAAAUUAAAGCUUUAGCCUUUCUACUUAUCAAUUUAGGUUUGAGAACAUGGCAUCCAACUUACCAAGGUUCAUCAAGCUGACUUUUGAUCAAGGUACGGGUGAUUAUUUCUUUUAUAUGGCAAUGUACAGGGGUGAAGCACAUGGUGUCGUAUCCAUCGAUGGAGAUGAUGAGCUGAACGCGUACACGAAGAUAGAAGUUGAGCCAUCCCUGAUCAAUCGCGACUACGUCCACCUCCGCUUCACCCAAACCAACAAGUACUUGGGCCGGAAUGAAGACGGCCUCCUCGCUGCUCGAAACACCAUGCCCGUGGAAGACACCACCCUCCCUUACUCCACCUUGUUCCACCCAUCCACUCCCGACAAAGACGGCUUCUUCAACUUGACCCACGUCCACACCGGACACCUUGUUAGAGUGGACACUCCUGAUAAGACACGCUUCGCCAUCCGAGAUCCUCCUUCUUCCCCACUCAUGCUGCGCGUUGUGGACUGGGAGGCGACCGUUAAACUCCCGUCCGACGGCCUCAUCGCCUUCAAGGGCGACAACGGGAAAUAUCUCCAGACGUUCCUCAAGGACGGCCAGCGCUACCUCCAGUUCUCCUCCGACGACGCCAACGCAGCUAGGAGUUCUGUGGUGGUUAGCUAUGUUGGGACCAAGGCCACCUGCAACGUCCCUUUCUCCUACACUCAGCAAGACAAGAGUUCGUACGACAGCGGCAUCACCCAUAUCCAAAAGGACGACGGUUCCUACACCGGCGUCAAUUGUUACAAUUUCGAUUUCAAGAUCGAUGAAGGCCGCACGCUCAAGCUCCCAAAUUAA